AUGGACUCAAACUUGAGUUUGCGGGUCACCUUGGCCCUCCAGGCACCGACCCUAGAGGCACAAGAACCAUUUGCUCUACCAGUCAAGAUUUCCGUUCACAACGCAGCAGAUUCACCAGUCACCAUUUUAAGAUGGGGCACUCCGCUGGACCCUCAGGUUGGUGUUCUCGGUGUCUUCGAAAUUUGUGACACAACGGACCAACGGCAAUUGCCCCUUCCUACUAUCAUGGUAUCACGCAAGCUACCUGCCUCCGAGGAUGAUCUCGUUGAGAUACAAGCACGCCAAACGCUUGAUGUAACUCUCAAUUUGCCGAUGCCAGGUCUUGAAAAGGGGCAUGAAUAUUCUGUUCGUGCACAGGGAACGUGGCAUGCGGUGUGGCCAACUGAAUUAUCUAAUGUGACUACAUCCCAACUCAGGGAUAACGAAGGUGCUAUCUGUGGGGACUUCUGCUCUAAUGAAUCCUCUGUGAGAAUUGAGUGA